CUUGUUUUAAAACGGGAAGAGAUGUAGGAAAGAAAACCUAAUGCAGCGAAGAGCCCGGGCUUGCUGAGAGUGUGGUUAGGAAGUGUGUGCUUGUAGCUGAACCCUGAGUGGGUCCUGUAACCUUCGCCUCCCACUGGGUGGAGUAGGGCCUUUAAGAGCAGCUGGAAUGCAGUUUCCCCCAUCAGUUUAGCCAGUUCUUCCCUGUCUGAACCUCUGCUGGCCCUAGAGAGCAGUGCUCCUCCGUUCAGACCAACCGGCCUCCUGCGCUCUUCACCAGAGCCCACUUGUCGCCUGGGCAAGAAGCUUCCAGCCGGAAGUAGGUUCCCAUCUGUCCAGCCAUGGGAGAAGACGCGGCACAAGCAGAAAAGUUCCAGCACCCCAAUUCUGACAUGCGCCAUGAGAAGCCAUCCAGCCCCAGCCCAAUGCCUUCCUCUACACCGAGCCCCAGCCUCAAUCUGGGGUCCACAGACGAGGCCAUCCGGGACAACUCGCAGGUGAAUGCUGUCACCGUGCAGACACUCCUGGAGAAGUUGGUCAACAUGCUCGACGCCGUGAGGGAGAACCAGCACAACAUGGAACGGCGGCAGAUCAACCUGGAGGGCUCCGUAAAGGGCAUCCAGAACGACCUCACCAAGCUCUCCAAGUACCAGGCCUCCACCAGCAACACAGUGAGCAAGCUGCUGGAGAAGUCUCGCAAGGUCAGCGCUCACACGCGCGCCGUCCGCGAGCGCCUGGAGAGGCAGUGCGCCCAGGUGAAGAGGCUGGAGAGCAACCACGCCCAACUCCUCCGACGCAACCACUUCAAAGUGCUCAUCUUCCAGGAAGAAAGUGAGAUCCCUGCCAGUGUGUUUGUGAAGGAGCCGGUUCCCAGCCCUGCCGAAGGCCAGGAGGAGCUUGCUGAUGAGAACAAGUCCCUGGAGGAAACUCUACACAACGUGGACCUCUCCUCCGAUGACGAAUUGCCCCGUGAUGAAGAAGCCCUGGAAGAUAGCGCAGAGGAAAAGAUGGAAGAAAGCAGGGCAGAAAAAUUAAAAAGAUCCAGCCUCAAGAAAGUAGAUAGCCUCAAGAAAGCCUUUUCCCGCCAGAACAUCGAAAAAAAGAUGAACAAGCUGGGGACAAAGAUCGUAUCUGUUGAGAGGAGAGAAAAGAUUAAGAAAUCUCUCACACCCAACCACCAGAAAGCAUCUUCAGGGAAAAGCUCCCCCUUCAAGGUUUCUCCCCUCUCCUUUGGCCGGAAGAAAGUCCGGGAGGGAGAAAGCUCUGUGGAAAAUGAGACCAAGUUAGAAGACCAGGUGCAGGAUGACCGUGAGGAGGGCUCAUUCACAGAGGGGCUUUCCGAAGCAAGCCUCCCCAGCGGCCUGGUGGAGGGCAGCGCAGAAGAUGCUGAGAAGCCGGCUUUGAGAGGGAACAACUCCGGUGUGGGCAGCAACGCUGACCUGACCAUUGUGGAAGAUGAAGAGGAGGAGUCCGUGGCUCUCCAGCAGGCACAGCAGGUGCGCUAUGAGAGUGGCUACAUGCUCAACUCGGAGGAGGCAGAGGAAGCCAGUGAGAAACAGGUCCAGCCGGCUGUGUUUCACGUCAACCAGACUGCCUAAGUGCACAGCCAGAAGC